CCAUGUCCCCCCCCGGCAGUGGAGGGGACAAUGGGGCUCUGUGCCGCCCGCCGUGCCCGCCGCCUAAUCCGGGGCACGGGGCCGGGGGCUGGGCACCCUGGGGUGGCACCGGGGGGGUUUAAAGGCCAGAGCUGAGUGGUGUCCCCUGUGCCAGGCGUCCCCGAGCCUUCGUUCCCUGCGAGCUCUCAGGCCACUGCAAGCCAGGGUCACCGCAGCUGGCACCGAGAGGACAACCUCGGGUCAUCAGGACUGGCACCGAAGGGACAAGCUGGGGUGACCGCAGGUGGCACUGAGGGUGCCCCUGGAAUAGGUGCCUGGCCCCGGUGGGUGUUGCAGGAGGGGUAGCUUGGGCACCACAGGAUGGGGAGGGUGGUCCUUGGCACUGAGAAUGGCAUGUUCCCGAGGGACCCCACUGACUGUGCCCAUCCUUCUUCUGCAGCCCCUUUGUCACCAGGAUGCUGAGUGUGGAGCAAGGAUCAUGCCCAGCGGAGCAGGAGUGGGCAGGGCCUGAGGCCCUAUGCCCAGGCUGGCUGGAGGAUGAGGCCCCUGAUGGAGAGGUGCCCGAGGACAGUGGAGACCAUGAUAGUGCCACCCAUGCCUUUGAGCUGCUCCAGAGUGCUCUGUGCCAGGAGGGGUUGCCCCACACACUGGAUCGCUCUGCAGAGCCCCGCACAGGAUUUGGCCCACUGGACGUGACAGUCUGCAUCCUGGGCUCCCCCACUGCCUUCCUGCCCAUCCUGCUGGAGGGUGGCACCCGCUGCCCAGGUGCCAUGGUGCUGUGCCUGUCACCCACCUGGGCCAGCCGGGUGCCCUCGGAGACGUCCCCAGGAGCCUGGUCCCUGCUGCUGUCCCGAGGGGUCUCCUUCGAAGCUGGGGGUCACAGCACCUUGGAGACCUUCGUGCCACCUCGCCGUGCCAACUACGUGACGGGCACCUUCACCAUGGCGGGUCCUGAGAGUGGCUGGGUGGGCGAGCUGGCCCGAGACCUCGAUUGUCCCACGGGGGGGUCGGUCCCGCUCACCCACCGGCUUGAAGACCCCCUGGUCACCCGCUGGGUGCUGGCAGCCCGUGCCAACCUGCCCGUGCCCCCCACCCUGGCCUUUGUCUUGAAGUCGAGGGGGGACCUGCCCACGGAGCUGGUGGCAUCUGGGGUGAGGCUGGUGAGGCUGGAGGACCCCCAGGGCCAGGAGAGCCUGGUGAAGGAAGAGGUGGGCACCUUCCUGGGGAGCACUGCCAUGGAACCCUACAGCCAGGUGGCGGUGCGGCCAGCAGGGUGGCGUUGGCGUGGGACGGGCACCCGCAGCACCCACGGGAAGGAAGAGGGGGAGGCAGUGGCACGGGCAGUGUGUGCCUGGCUCUGUGGGCUGCGGGAGGAGGACAGCAUCCUGCUGGAGGCCCUGGUGCCCACCGCCCGCCUGCCCGCACCCCCCCCACGCAGCCCAGCCCCACGGCUGCCAGUGGCCCUGCGCAUCUGCACCCUCAUCUGCAGGUCCUGGGGGGACCGGCCCCAGCUCUGCCAGGUGGCAUGUGCCGUGGGGCGUGCGGAGGCCCCGGUGCGUCACGGCGUGUCACUGCCCCAGGGCCUGGACUCCAGCCUGCAGCAGUGGGGGGUGGUGGCCCCAGGCCAGAGGCAGGUCCUGGCCAAGCGGCUCCAGGAGGCCGCCGAGGCCACCAUGGCUGCCAUCUUGGCCACCGAGGCUGGGCUGAGUCCCCAGCAGCGUGGUGGCACCCGUGCCCGCACUGACCUCCUAGGCGUGGACUUCUUGCUGGCGUGUGUGGAUGAUGCCCUGGAGCUGGUGGCAUUGUCCACCAACAGCCAGCGCUGCCUGGAGACCUGCCUGCUGGCCCACGGCAUGGGGCAUGCCAUGGGGGAACCUCCCAGUGACAUGCCCCGGCUGGUGGCCGAGCUCCUGCUCCACUGGGCGCAGUGUCACCUGGUGGAGGGCAAGGACAUCCUGCUCAUCGGGGCUGGUGGCGUCAGCAAGAGCUUCGUGUGGGAUGCCGCCCGCGACUACGGGCUGAAGAUCCACCUGGUGGAGUCGGACCCGGAGCACUUUGCGGCAGGGCUGGUGGAGACCUUCCUGCCCUACGACAGCCGGGAGCACCGGCGGGACGAGGAGCACGCCGAGCGGGUGGCGGAGCUGCUGCGCUCCCGGGGCAUCCAGCCCCACGCCUGCCUCUCUUACUGGGAUGACUGCGUGGUGCUGGCGGCACUGGUGUGCCAGCGCCUGGGCCUGCGAGGUUGCCCGCCCGCUGCCGUCCGUGUGGCCAAGCAGAAGAGCCGGACCCACCAGCACCUACAGCGGUGCCGCCGCGGCCGCCCGCCACCGGCCGCCUACGCCGUGCCAUGCCGCCGGCUGCAAAGCCACGGUGACGUUGACCGGGCAGCUGGCACCGUGCCCUUCCCCGCUGUGGCCAAACUGGAGUUUGGAGCCGGCGGUGUGGGGGUUCGACUGGUGGAGAACGCCGGGCAGUGCCACGCUCACGCCGCCCGCCUUUGGCGUGACCUCCGGGAUGACGAUGAUCACCCUGGCAUCGGCUUGGGCUGGGGCAAUGCCAUGCUGCUGAUGGAGUAUGUGCCAGGCACCGAGCACGACGUGGACCUGGUGGUCUUCCAAGGGAGACUUCUGGGGGCUUGGGUGUCCGACAAUGGCCCCACUCGGCUGCCUGCCUUCCUGGAGACCGCUGCCUGCUUGCCAUCCUGUUUGCCCACCGACCGGCAAGCCCAGCUGGUACGGGCAGCCCUGAGGUGCUGCCAGGCUUGUGGCUUGCGGGAUGGUGUCUUCAACGUCGAGCUCAAACUGGGACCUACCGGUCCCCGCCUCCUGGAGAUCAACCCGCGCAUGGGGGGGUUCUACCUCCGCGACUGGAUCCGGGAGAUCUACGGCCCCGACCUGCUGUUGGCAGCCGUGCUGGUGGCACUGGGGGUACCGCCCGUGCUGCCCGCUCGCCCAGUGCCCCGCGGCCACUUGGCUGGUGUGAUGUGCUUGGGCUCGGAGCACGGCGUGGCACUGGGGGGUGGCGGAGGGCUGGCAGCCCUGCGAGCACUGCAGGAGCGGGGGCUCGUCCGCCUCAACCGGCUCUUCGAGGAGACCGCGGGGGACGGCGAGUACGAGGAGCCGUGUCUGAGCGUGGCAUGCGGCGGGGCAACGCGGGCAGAGGCCUGUCUGCGCCUGCUGGGGCUGUGCCAGGCGCUGGGGAUCGACUCGCCCCGUUACCCAGUCGAGCAUUUCUUGUCCCACUUCAAAUAGCGCCGGGCAAGCAGCGGGGGUGGAGGGGGAACAGCUGAGCAUGGACACAACCACUCCGCUGCCCUGGGAUCCCCUCCUGCAGCCCCGCCACCCCAUGCCCUGGCAUCUCUCUGGCACCCUGUUCCCCGUCCUAUGACCCCCAACACUCCAUUCUCUGGCAUCUCCCUGGCAUCCCAUCCCCUGGCAUCCUCCUUGCCCUGGCACACUCCCCACCAUCCUGGCACCUCAUCUCCUGAAAACCUCUCAGUCCUAUCCCUUGGCAUUCACCCAUUGUCCUGAUACUCCGUUCCCUGCCAUAUCUCUACUGCCUUGCCACCACAUCCCCUGCCAUCUUCCCCUGACAUCCUGGUACCACACUGUCUGGCAUCCCCUCACUCCCGUGACACACCAUCCCUUGGCACCUUCCUGCCAUCCUAGCAUUUCAUCCCUGGCAUCUCAUUACCCUGAUGGCACAUCCCCCUGCCCUGACACCCCAUACCCUGGCAUCUCUCCAUUACCCUGACACUUCAUACCCUGGCAUCUCUCCUGUGCUGGCAUUCUCUCUCUUGGCAUCCGAUUCCCUGCCAUCCCCCCACUCGCCUGACACCCCAUCCCCUGGCAUUCCCUUCACCAUCAUGACAUGACCCCCACUCCCCUGAUAUUCCCCCAUUACCCUUGCCCCCAGUCCCUUGGCAUCCCACCCUCCAUCUCUGUUGCCCUGGCAUCCCAUCCCCUGACACACCUGAGCCCGGUCCCCAGCGUUCCCUAUCCCCACAGCUGGAGGGGAUCCGGUGCCCCUCCCACGCCAGGGGACACUCGGGAUGACAAUGACCCUAGGACAGGGUCUUUCAACGAACCUUUGCUAAUGGGCUGGGGGGAAGGUCAGGCAACCCCAGGUGCCCCACCGCGACAGUGGGCAUAGCCUGGGGUAUGCUGGUCCCCGCUGGCACAGGAAGACCCUACAAUAGCAAACCAGGAUGGCAAACAAAACCCGGGGGGGGCUGCUGAGUGUCACCAUUCCCCCCCUAGUGACACGGGGCAGCCCGAGACCCCGCAGGAGGACAAGGAGAGGAGCAGAGGGCAGUGCUGGCACCCACAGAGUGGGACAGUACUGGGUCCUAGAGUGAGAAGCAGCCCCUAUAGGGACCCUGCACUAACGCACAGCUUGUCUAGGGACCCUACAGCAAUGUAUAGUCCCUGUAGUGCCUCAGGCCAUACAGUUAGCACCAGCAACCCUACAGUAACACAAGACCCCUACAGAGACUCCACACUAACAUACAGCCCCUGUAGACACCAGACCAUAAGACGCUGUCCCUAUAGAGCCCCUACACUAACACACAGUCCUUAUAGAGCACCUGCACUAACACACAGCCCCUAUAGAGCCCCUGCACUAACACACAGCCCCUAUAGAGCCCCUGCACUAACACACAGCCCCUAUAGAGCCCCUGCACUAACAUACAGCCCCUAUAGAGCCCCUGCACUAACACACAGCCCCUAUAGAGCCCCUGCACUUACAGCCCCUAUAGAACCUCUACACUAACACACAGCCCCUAUAGAGCCCCUGCACUAACACACAGCCCCUAUAGAGCCCCUGCACUAACAUACAGCCCCUAUAGAGCCCCUGCACUAACACACAGCCCCUAUAGAGCCCCUGCACUAACAUACAGCCCCUAUAGAGCCCCUGCACUAACAUACAGCCCCUAUAGAGCCCCCACACUAACAUACAGCCCCGACAGAGCCCCUACACUAACACACAGCCCCUAUAGAGCCCCCACACUAACAUACAGCCCUGACAGAGCCCCCACACUAACACACAGCCCUUAUAAUAGAGUCCUUGCACUAACACACGGCCCUUAUAGAGCCCCUACACUAACAUGCAGCCCCUAUAGAGCCCCUACACUAACACACAGCACCUAUGCAGCCCCUGCACUAACGCAGACCCCCUAAACUAACACAGGGACCCUGUAGAGACCACUACACUGAUGCACAGCACCUACAGAUAACCUCCAAUAACGUACAGCCCCUAUAAAGCCCCUACACUAACACUGAGCCCCAACAGUGACCCUAAAAUAACACAGGGACUCUACAGAGCCCCUGCAGUCCCUGUAGCCCCCCUGUAGCCCCUAUAGAGCCCCUAUAGAGUUCCCACAGCCCCUAUAAGAGUCCCUAUUACCCCUAUAGAGCGCCUAUAAAGCCUGUAGCCCCUAUACAGCCCCCAUAACCUCUGAAGAGCACCUACAGAGUCCUUACAACCCCUACAGCCCCUCACAGCCCUUAUGGAGCCCCUACACCACCUAUAGAACUCUUACAGUCUCCGUACAGCCUCUACAGCCCCUGCACAACCCCUACAGCCCUUAGCCCGCUAUACAGCCCCUACAGCUCCCCCUUAUAGCUCUUAUAUCCCCUACAGAGCCCCUAUAGCGCCCCUAUAAACCCCGACGGCUCCUGCAGCCCCCCGACCCACACUAGCACCGCGCCACAGCCCCCUCAACGCUCACCCCCGGUUGCGGGGGGAGUACCAGGACUGGGGGGGGGGCGGGAGGUGUCUCGGUCUCUUCCCGAUUCUCCCCCCUCCCCCUCCGGUGUCGUCACGGCGCUGCCGGUGAUGUGAGAGUGACGCGGCGGGGGGCGGUGUCCCCAAGUAAAGGCUGUGAGCGGC